AUGGUGUCGGUUCCUCUCAACGUCACCGAGGCCGCCGUGGCCGCCCAGCCCAAUCUGGGCGGGGCUCAAUUCUCUUCACACACCUGGGUGGAACCCAUUAUUGUGGUGUCGAUCAUGAUCGCUUCCUUGACGGUCAAUCGUCGCCGAGGUUACCGAAUCAUGGAGUCUAAUAGAGGUCGCUCACCCACCCAGUCUCUCCUACCACACGCCCAAUCGCAAGACGGAUCCCCCGACAACUCGGUGGACGAUGAUUCGUAUCUGUCCAACGACUCCGAUGUCUUCACCUCAUCCAAAUACCCGCCCAAGAAACGCAAUUGCUGUGGCAUGGUGGUCCAUACCCCGAACUCGUCCCGAUUUGCCGACAACUUCCACUCGCGCAUUCUCGCCAAGUUUCCCUUCCUGAUCGAAAUGUUCUACUGGGUUUUGAACCUGUUGUUUUACACUCUGACCAAGGCCAUUGCCCAGGUGGCCUUUUCUGGCUACGACGGACUGUGGCAGCUGGCCCAGGACCACGGCGUGCUCAUCCUCGACAUUGAGCAUAAAUCCUGGCUGAGGUUUUUGUUCCCCAUCCAAGAAAGCGACUUUCAAGCUUGGUUCCUCAAUAACCAUUUGUCCGCCAUCACCUUUCUGAAUCGCAUUUACUCGCUGGUCCAUAUUCCCGGCACGGUUGCCUUUCUAUCGUGGUAUUACUAUGCCGCACCAUCCCACUCCUCCUUCGCCACCGUCCGUCGAACAAUGACCCUGGGCAACUUUGCCGCUUUCAGCAUCUUCACUUUCUUCCCCUGCAUGCCUCCUCGCCUGUUACCUGAGGACUACGGCUUCCACGACACCGUCCGUCAAGCCAAUGCCGAGUCCGUCUGGGUCGGCGGCAACUACGUCAACCAACUGGCCGCGAUGCCCAGUCUGCAUUUCACCUAUGCCUUCGUCAUCGGCUCCACCUUCCUGUGCCAUUCGGGCAUUUUCCGUCGCGCGCUGGGCCGCAACGAACCCCGGAAAUCCGUCUUCACCCAGAUCUUCUUCCUCGUCCUGGGUAUCUGCUACCCUCUCCUGGUCUUGACCGUGAUCGUCGCCACCGCCAACCAUUACUGGCUCGACGCCGUCGCCGCGAUGUGCACCACCUCCUUGUCGUUCCUAUGCAACAAGGUCUGGUUUUUCCUCUUACCAGCGGAGGACGUGUUGUGUUGGAUUCUGAGAGUGGACAAACCAACUCCCACGACCGGUCAGAGACUGGAGAGACAGACGGAGAGUUAUCACCUUGUUAAAGACGAGGAAGACGCUUAA